AUGCAGGUGAGCUCGGAAGCCCGUCCGGCUCCAGCCCUGAACCUGCUGCCCAGCUCGGGCCGCAGCGAGCUGGGCAGUCCGCUGGGCUCCAGCGCCAGCGGCCUCAACCAGCUGCAGGGCUCCGUGUCGCCCAGCCGGCUCUCGUUGGACGAUGGCUUCCUCAUCGGCCAGGGUCGCUUCGGACGCGUGUACACGGCCGUCAACAACAAGACCGGCGACCUGAUGGCCAUGAAGGAGAUCCACCUGCAGCCCAACGACCACAAGACGAUCCGCUCCGUGGCUGAGGAGCUCAAGAUCCUCGAGGGCAUCAACCACAAGCACCUCGUCAAAUACUACGGCGUUGAAAUUCACAGGGAGGAGAUGUUCAUCUUCAUUGAGUUUUGCGGCGAGGGCACGCUGGAGAGCCUGUCGGCCUCGGUGGAGUCCGGACUGCCGGAGCACCUGAUCCGACGCUACACCAAACAGCUGCUGUCGGCCGUCAGCUGCCUCCACUCCCACCACAUCAUCCACCGCGACAUCAAGGGCGCCAACGUGUUUCUGACGGACGAGUGCCGUCGCCUGAAGCUGGGCGACUUCGGCUGCUCAGUGAAGAUCGUGGCGCACACCACCAUGCAAGGCGAGGUCAAGGGCCUGGUCGGCACGCCCGCGUUCAUGGCGCCCGAGGUGUACACCCGCUCGAGCGGCGAGGGCCAGGGCCGCGCCGCCGACAUCUGGUCCCUGGCCUGCUGCGUCGUCGAGAUGGCCACGGGGAAGCGGCCGUUCCCUGAGCUGGAGGACACGUACCAGAUCAUGUUCCGCGUGGGCAUGGGCGGCUCGCCGUCCCUGCCCGACAAGCUCUCGGAGGAGGGCCGUCAGUUCCUCGAGCUCUGCUUCGUGCACGACCCCAAGAAGCGCGCGCAGGCCCACCGGCUGGAAGACCACCCGUUCGUGAAGGUGGAGUCGGACGGCGACGAGUACCUGAGCUCGCUGCCGCAGUCACUCAUGUCCGGCUUCGUGCGGCCCGGCGUCACGUGAUGUCGGCCCGGCCGGCUCCUCGGCGGCGGAGGUGGCCAGGUGGCGCGUCCGGCCAGUGGCGGCUGACGGGCGCAUGGUGGGCGCACGCGCCGGCAGCUCACGCGUCGGCUGCUGGCGCAACCGUUGCGCAGACGGCGUCCGCGUUUGGGUGGCGCGUGUUUACUCAGUAGUGGGCACCCGCGCUGGGCGGGUCAGCUCGAGUGGCCAGUGUGGGUGAUGCUGACAUGGAGGCGGGCUCGGUGGGGCGCGGCUAGUUGUCCAUUUUACCUCUGUGACGUCACGUCACCUCUGUGACGUGUGCAGUCCACCUUUGUUAUCCCUAUAUUGUUUAUCAGGUCCGGCGUGGCGCAUGCCCGGGGUUAUGAGGGUAUCGACUAGUCCGCGCCCUCGGGAAGUGCGCGCUACUUGGCAGUCGGCCGUCGGCCACUGCACGGCGGGCAUCAGCCAGUGGACGCGCAUCAAGCUGACGGCUGUGACGGAGGCGUCGUUGUAGCUUCUGACGUGCAGCAUCGCGGCGAUGCCGUGUGUUUUACGCAAUAGUCACUCGCGGAUGAGGACCGAGUGUAGCGAACCCCACGCGAGUGUGAUCGGGUUUUACGUAUCCUGCGAUGUCGUCCCGGCGUCCGCGCCCGCCUGCCCACAGCGUUUGGAUUGUUAUAGCCGUCGUUGUCAGUGUGUCGGCCUGCUGGUAUGGAACUCCGGCUAUUGCCGCGCCCGCGCGUGCCGAUGCACUCGGGGGGUGGCACGGAAGUGGCCCACCAAUACAUAUAUACC